AUGUACCGACGGGCAGCAUUGGGGGUCUCCCGUCGACACGCGCCACAAUGGUCCUGUUCGGCCAGGAUCUCCUCUACCCUCAACUGCCGACGAUCAUUUCGAUCAUCCCUCACCCGGUUAGACGAAACAGAUGAGAAGAAAUCCAAAUGGGGUGCCGCGCGAUGGGGCACUAAGGCAACUGUGAAACCAGUUGGCCUGAGUGCGGCAGAGAAGUCACUGCGCGAGUCAAUGGUGGCCAAGAGACAACAGCAGCCCCAAAAACAAUCAGAACAGUCUCCGCCAAAAUUAGAGGGUCAGCGCCGGCCACAGCAAGCGCCCCGCAAUGCCACGAGAAAUCAACCAGCGGCAUUCCAAUCGGGUCGGCCCUCAGGUCAGACUUGGGCAGACACAAGGAACAAGAGUUCGGAACAGCAAGACAACAGGCCUCGGACACAACAAGGGCUUGGCAAUGCAUCGAAACGUCAACCAGGCACGUCUCAGCCAUCUCGUUCUUCUGGUCGGACAUGGGCAGAGACGAAGAACAACGACCAGCAACGGCGCCGGGAUCAUGAAGACCGACGGUCUUAUGAAAGGGGCGCACCGCGCAGAGAGAGGCAGGAUGGGACUACCCGACGGACUACGGAAGCAUACCCAACUUCUGGAAAACAGCGACAUCCUCAAGACAUCGCCAAGUUCCAGAAACUUGGCGAGUCUGUUUUGACCGACUGGGGGCAAGAAGUACCCCGGAGACAUGGAGCAGCUUCCACAACAGAGUCGACUGCCCACGGAAAGCGCAAAACUCAAGGUGCUGAAGGUAGUGCGAAGGAUGCAAAGAAAGAAAAGCAAGCGGACCCGUGGGCCUGGGACAUGUCUGCAUUGGAACAACUGGAAACCAUCGAGGCCCAAAAUGAAGCCUCGUCGAAUGACGCCAAACGCAAAAACUUACGCAAGCAGCGGCAAAUUGAGGCUACUGAUCGCGAUUUCGAUGUCGACGAACAUCAACGUCGUCGGGACGAACGCAAACGUCUGAAGAAGGAAAGGUCACUCGUGAAAGAGAAGAAGAAAUCCGCGCCGCAGCCGCUCUACUUGCCUCAAUUCAUCAGUGUUAACAACCUGGCGGACGUCAUUGGGGUCCGACCAGCACAAUUCGUCCAGCGAAUGGAGGAGAUGGGCUUCGAGGACGUUACCUAUAAUCAUGUCCUGGAUGCGGAGACGGCCGGUUUGGUGGCCACCGAAUUCAAUUUUGACCCCAUCUUCGAGGCAUCAGGGGAUUAUGACCUCCAGGCGGCACCUGUACCAGAAGAUCAAUCUGCGUUGCCGACACGGCCACCAGUGGUCACCAUCAUGGGUCAUGUCGACCAUGGCAAAACAACGAUUCUGGACUGGCUGCGGAAAUCAUCAGUGGCCGCUUCCGAGCAUGGCGGUAUCACGCAGCAUAUCGGUGCAUUUUCGGUGGCGAUGCCUUCUGGCAAGACGAUUACUUUCCUGGAUACCCCCGGUCAUUCUGCGUUCCUGGAGAUGCGCCGCAGAGGUGCCGACGUGACGGACAUUGUAGUUCUUGUUGUGGCUGCCGAUGACAGCGUCAAGCCGCAGACUAUCGAAGCGAUCAAGCACGCCACCCAGGCCAAGGUCCCGAUUAUUGUGGCCAUCAGCAAGAUUGACAAGGAAGGGCGAAACCUGGAUAAAGUGAAAGGAGACCUUUCAGCUCACGGCGUCCAUGUCGAAGACUACGGUGGUGAUGUCCAGGCCAUUGGGGUCAGUGGUAAAACUGGACAGGGAAUGGUCGAACUCGAAGAGGCUAUUGGCGCGCUGUCUGAGAUGCUGGACCAUCGAGCCGACACCGGCGGCAAUGUCGAGGGAUGGGUCAUUGAGGCCACUACAAAGAGCUAUGGACGUGUAGCAUCGGCUCUGGUUCGCCGCGGCACACUGCGGCCAGGCGAUGUCAUCGUUGCGGGCACGACGUGGGCUCGGGUGCGCACACUCCGAAAUGAAGCCGGCGUCGCUAUCGAUGAAGCCACACCGGGAAUGCCUGUCGAAAUUGAUGGCUGGAGAGAGCAACCUGCGGCCGGCACCGAGAUUCUGCAAGCACCCGAUGAGCAAAAGGCCAAGGAUGUGGUGUCUUACCGUCUGGAGAAAUCCGAGACCCAAAAAUUGGGAGAGGACAUGGCCGCCAUUAACGAGUCCCGACGCGAGCUCAUGCAGAAACGCAAAAUGGAAGACGGCGAGGACCAAGCACGUGCUGGUCUAGAGGAGUCGAGCGGGCCCAAGGCUGUCAAUUUCAUCGUUAAGGCGGAUGUGGACGGUUCCGCGGAGGCCGUUCUGAACUCCAUUGCAGCCAUUGGCAACAACGAGGUGUACGCUAACGUCCUCCGGUCUGGCGUUGGCCCGGUUGGAGAGUUCGACAUUGAGCAUGCGGCUAGUGCCAACGGGAAGGUCAUUUCAUUCAACCUACCCAUCGAUGGCAAUACCCUGCGGAAUGCCGAGUCUCAGGGGGUGGCAAUCAUGGACCACAAUAUCAUCUACAAGCUGAUCGACGAUAUCAAGGCUACUCUCAGCGAGCACCUGAAGCCGACAGUGACGCAGCGUGUGACUGGCGAAGCCGAAGUGCAACAGGUGUUUGAGAUUACCGUCAAGGGACGCGAGAAGGUCCCGAUUGCUGGAUGCCGAGUGCGCAAUGGCCUGGUCAACCGGACUCGCAAGGUCAGGGUGAUGCGCGGGGAUCAGACAAUUUAUGAUGGCACAAUUACCUCGCUCAAGAACGUCAAGAAAGACGUGACCGAAAUGCGUAAAGACACCGAAUGCGGCAUUGGCUUUGAGGACUGGACCGACUUUGCGGUUGGCGACCAUAUCCAGUGCUAUGAAGAGAUCUACGAGAAGCGAUAUCUGUGA